UGGUGCGGUCCCCGGGCGCAUUCCGUGGCGGGGCAGUGUGAGUGGUGUGCGAGUUGGGGGCGGGUGGAAUAUUCAUAUAUCAGUGUCUGUGUCUUGACAUCAAGUUCAACAUUUUUCGUCAUAUGUGACACAUUCUCCCACUGCUCGUGGUUUCCGAGACCCACGUUUCGAGCAGUUAGGUAGUGUUCAAGCUUUUCGAAUCUUUGUGGACGGACAUGAAGGCUUCAACAAAGGUCAAGGCUAAUCACAAGAAGUUGGGGUCUUUGAAGUCCAAGAGGAAGGCCAAAAGGGCACUGCUUUCACAGCCUCAGUUAAAUACAGCACCAGAUACCACAUCAACAACUGAACAGCAUUCAGCAAAGGCAAAGAAAUGGAUCAACAAACAGCGCGUGCUGGUUUUCUCAUCACGCGGCAUAUCGCAUCGCUACCGACAUCUCAUGACUGACGUGAAGGACAUGCUGCCCCAUGCCAAAUCUGAGUCCAAAAUGGAUAAGAAGGACGAGAAACGGGUCAUUAACGAGAUAUGCGAGAUGAAGAAUUGCAACAAGUGCCUGUUUUUCGAACCCCGUAAGGAACAUCUCUACCUAUGGAUGACGAACGUACCCGAUGGCCCCACGGGCUACUUCCUAGUGGAAAGCGUGCACACGAUGCAGGAGUUGAAAAUGACCGGCAACUCGCUGAAGGGUUCUCGCCCGCUGCUGUCUUUCGACGCGAACUUCACUUUGCCCCACCAACAAGUAUUCAAGGAACUUCUGACACAGGUGUUCGGCACGCCCAAGCUGCACCCCAAGUCGCAGCCAUUCAUCGACCACGUGAUGACGUUCUGUUGGCUAGACCAGCGCAUCUGGUUCCGCAACUACCAGAUCGUGCAGGAGACGGGCGCGCUGGCCGAGAUUGGCCCCCGCUUCGUGCUGAACCCCAUCAAGCUGUUCGCGGGCAGCUUCCAGGGAGAGAAAAUCUGGGAGAACCCUCACUUUAUCUCGCCCGCAUCGCGGCGGCGCAUGCUGAAACUCUCCCUGGCGCACAAGUACGUGCACCGCAAGGACCAGCAGCAGGCACACAAGGCCCGCCGGCCCGGCAAGGACGCCACCGUCCGCGUCGACGUCACCGAUGACGUGUUGGUGACGUCACGCGACGACGAGGACGGGAGUGGGGAGGAGGAGGCGGUGGCGCCUCCGGCAGUCGCCGUCCGACGCGGCAAAAUGAAGCGGAAAAAACGCCGGGGCGGAGCAAGCGGUGGUGCUGCGUAAAGUCGAGCUCAACAUCCGAAUGUCACGAGUGCAAAUGAAUACAAAGUGGAAGGGAG